AUGGCAGAGCGGGCCGCGAAGUCGAAGAAAUUCAUCACCAAGGUCAUAUUUCUGGCGGCCGUUGUCCGCCCACGAUACGACCCGCACAAGAAGCAAAUAUUCGACGGCAAGAUCGGCAUUUGGCCGUUCGUCGAGGAAGUGGCGGCGGUUCGUUCAAGCAAGAAUCGUCCCAAAGACACGCUCGAGCUGGCGUCCCAGAGCGUCAACGCUGACGUGUAUCAAGACAUGGUCAUGAAAGAGGUCGUGCCAGAGAUCCAAGUCAAGAUGCCAAGGGGUGUGGUUGUCAAGUUGCAGCUAGACAACGCAAGCCCCCAUAGGUGUGUGACGACCGAGCUCAUUGCUCAUCAUGGCGUUGACAGCAUUGAAGUUGCCAACCAGCCACCAAAUAGCCCUGUCUUCAACGUCCUAGACUUAGAAUUCUAUAAGUCUAUUCAAAGUCUGCAGCCGCAAAAGGUCGCUCGGUCAAUUGGCGAGCUGUUUGCUGCUGUGGAAGAGGCGUUUUAUGAAUUGCCAGUUACCAUCCUGGGCAAGACAGUCAUAACUUUACAGAAAGUAAUGGAGCUGUCGAUGGGAUGUAAUGGAGGCACACAAUGCCCCACAUGA